UCAUCAGUCCCCCUUUCGAUCGUUUCGUUACAGGGCUGAGCAGUUUGAUGAAAGAAGAUGCAACCGGUCGGGAGACGGUCACCGUUGCCAUCGGCGAGGUAAUUGGCACGGCGAUUCUGGUGUUCAUAGGAUGCACGGGAUGCAUCGAGGGCUUUGGGAUUCAUCCGAGCUUGCUGCAGAUCGCUCUAACCUCCGGGUUAGGUGUCAUGAUUGCUGUGCAGAGUGUUGGACAUGUCAGUGGUGGGCACUUAAAUCCCUGUAUAACAAUAGCAGCACUGAUCCUAGGAAAAAAGUCUCUGCCCAUGACUCUCCUUUAUACUGGUGCCCAGUGUCUUGGUGCAAUGUUGGGCUAUGGUCUUAUUAGGGUGAUAACUCCAGUGGAACUAAUGUACGCGGGACAACCAGAUUCGGGAAAUACCUUCUGCAUGACCGACCUCCACGCCGACUUGUCCACAUUCCAGGGUUUCAUGGCCGAGUUCUUAGCCACUGGGAUUUUAGUUUUCUUCGCCUGCGGUGUGUGGGACUGCCGGAACGUGAAGAACACCGACUCGUUGCCAAUGAGAUUUGGUUUCUGUAUCACGGCGCUCAGCCUCAUUUUCAGCCCCUUCACCGGUUGCAGUAUGAAUCCGGCAAGAACGUUGGGUCCAGCUGUUUGGAACGGUUAUUGGAAUAAUCAUUGGAUCUAUUGGCUGGGUCCACUCUGUGGCACUAUCGUCGUGUCGUUAAUAUAUCGAUAUCUGUUUAUUUACAACAGGAGAGAGCCUGGACAGUGUGAUUAGAAGAUUAUGAUGGACGAUAAUGCGAGCAGAAUCGUCCCGGUGGCUUACAGUUCACAAUUCGAGCGAGAAAUCCUAAUCGUGUCGCAGGAGGGCCGGAUGACAGGGCCGUGACGACGUCGGAUGAUCGAGAACAGCCGAAUGCCACGCGAGGAGGACUUCCCCCGUUGCGUAGACUGAUAUUUCAAAACGAUUCGUAUUCGAUCAAUCGCUCGUCAUUCUAACUUCCCUAUGAAGCGACCGCGCGUCAAUCGGUUUUUCAGUAUCUCGCGGCGUGAAAUUCAGGCCAAAGUGGUUUCGCGAUGUUUCUCCGACGAGGGGAGAAGAAGAGGAACAGAAGAAAGAACUGCGAAACUCUGUCGCGCGAAAAGAAAACGCGAGAAAGGACGACAGACUGUUUUCGAUAUUUCGUUUGUCUCGUGAUGGAAUUGCAAGGAUUCGUUGCAUUUGUUAAUGAAAAUUUCGAAAUGGAGAAAUAAAUUUUAUAGAGAGUUUUAAGAAA